AUGGUGACUGAGGACCAGGACUGGGACUACGGUGCAGUGCUGCUCAUGAGCCCUUACACACCUUCACGCCUGGGAAGCACCAGCUGCACCAGGACGGGGCUGACGGAAGCACGGGGCCACGUCCUGCUGCUGCCCGAGCCGGCGCGGCGGCUGCCGCAGGCGCUGACGGCCUCGGCGCUGCGCGGGGCGCUGGAGGUGGCGCUGCUCAGCGCCCACCCGGGAUUCCACGUGGGCUUCAAUGGGCUGGGCGGCGGAGCCUCGGUGAACCACCUGCACCUGCACGGGCUAUACUUGGGUCGCCCGCUGCCGCUGGAGGCGGCGCCGGCUGAGCCGCUGGGGCCGCGCCUGGGACUGCUCCGCGCCGGACCGGCCACCGCCUUUCUCUUCUUUGCCGCUGGCCCCGCGGCGCUGGAGCCGGUAUCGCGGGCCGUUUGCCGGGCAGUGGAGCACCUGGGUGGCGCUGGGCUGGCCUGCAACGUGCUGGCCACGCGGGGCGACCCUCCGGCGGGGCCCGGCGCCAGCAGCGACCGCGGGCUGCGGGUGUUGCUGUGGGCGCGCCCGCCCCGCUUCGGCCCCAAGGCGGGCGAGCCCUUCCCCGUGGCGGUGUGCGAGCUGGCGGGGUUCCUCCCGCUGCCCGCCCCUCCGCUCUACCAGCACAUCACCGAGGCACAGGCCCUGAGCGCCAUCCGCCAGCACCUACUGCCCGAGCCCGAGCUGCUGCGCCUCGGCGGAGAGCUGGCACGGCUGCUGGAGAGCUGACGGCACCGGCACGGCUGCUGGAGAGCUGAUGGCACCGGCGCUGUUCCCGGUGCCGCCCGCCAGGGGCCGCUGUGCGGCGGAGGACUGCGGAACUGACAGUCACGUGCCCUCAGCGG